CCGCGCCUCCCGCCGCGCCGGCCCGCCAGUCCCGCUGAUUCCGCCGGUCCCGCCUCGCCGCGGACCGCAGCGCCGCCAUGAGCGCCCGGCAGCCGGACGCCCCCGCGCUGGAGCGGCGCGGCGGGGCGCUGCCCGGCAGGAUGUCGCUGCCGCUGGGCGUGCCGCGGAGGGCCUUCAGCUACGACGACGCCCUGGAGGACACGGCGCCCAUGACGCCGCCGCCCGCCGACUUGUGCGCCAACGUGCUGUGGAAGCAGCCCGUCAUCCCCGAGCGCAAGUACCAGGAGCUCGCCAAGAUUGAAGAAGGGGAUGCUAACAUGAAUGCACCUGUCAUAACUCCUUCAUCUUCCACCGAAAGUGUGAAUAAGGUACCUGUGGUGAAGGCCAAGGCCACUCAUAUCAUCAUGAACUCUCUCAUUACAAAGCAGACUCAGGAGAGCAUCCAGCGCUUUGAGCAGCAGGCAGGGUUGAGAGAUGCUGGCUACACCCCCCACAAAGGCCUCACUGCAGAGGAGACGAAGUACCACCGUGUGGCUGAGGCGGUGCACAAACUAAAAAUGCAGAGUGGAGAAAUGACAAAAGAUGACAAACAAACAUCUUCUGCUCAGUCCACUCCAAGCAGUACUCCCCACUCCUCUCCCAAGCAUAAAAGCAGGGGUUGGUUUAGUCAGGGAUCCUCCGCUUCUAUCACUGCCCCAGACUUUGUUGCCAUGGAAGCUGGUGGGGACAGGUUGCCAUCUGAAAGGUGGAGUUUUUUUGGACCCAAAGCCAUCCAGAAGUCCACCAAUGAUCCAGGAGGCUUUACCAUCCAAUCUUAUAAGGGUGCUCAGAAGCCAUCCCCGAUGGAGCUGAUGCGUGCCCAGGCUACUAGAAUGACAGAGGAUCCAGUCACCUUCAAGCCACCCAAAAUGGACAUUCCAGUCACAGAAGGGAGGAAACAAUCUUCACAUUCCCACAAUAUCAAACCUCGGGAUCUGAAUGUGCUCACUCCAACUGGAUUCUAGGAAGAGUGGUUCUGGUGUCCUCAAUGGGCUACAGGGUAUCUUAAGCUCUGCUUUCCUGACCCACUGUGCUGCAGUAAAAUAGGAAUAUCUCCUUUCCAGCUCUCCAUCUCAGAAAAGGAAACAACUGUGACUGUCCUGAAUUCAGGCCUGAAUUGGUCUUGGAAAAACUCUUGCACUCAUACUAAACCAAUGUAAAUCAUCUUCUCUGCUGUACUACACUAGUCCUGUGUGCUCUGCAGCACUAGGAGACGUGCUUCCCAGUCACUGUGCUGCAGUAAAACCUGGAACUGAUUUCUGUGGGAGAGGACUGCAUGUAGUGUGCAGUAGGCUGGCUUGUCUGCCUGUAGUCUGUCUUGUCAUGCUCAAUGCUGAAGUACCCUCAAGAGGACCAUGGUUCUGUCUGUUGUUUACAGAACACCAACAGAAAAUGGUGAAAACAAGCAAGGACCGAAAACUGGACCACUGAAUGCCAGGAGGAAAGCUACUCUGGCCACGUGAUAGUCUGCUUUAAAUGUGCAGCUCACUUCUGUUGUCACCUCAUAGUUCACCUAGUACUUGUUCCUGGUUUAAUUUCAGAAGAGUGGAGCACUGUCUGCUCUAAGAUGCUCUUGUUAGAAAGGCAGGGAGCAGAAUCUAACGGGACCUGACAGUAAUAAGGAGGAAUUGUUUCUCUUCCAAGUCUUCAGGUUCCUCUAAAAAUGGUGGGAAUGACCAGAGCUGGUGUGGCUUGAGCCAUAUGAUCUUCUCUGUGUGUAAAACAACACUGUCCUGGCCUGUCCUAGACAACAGACAUACAGUAGUUGUGACACUCUGGCUUGAUUGUUUUUGUUCUAGCAUCUUGUGUGAACCAUGUAUAGAAGUCUAUUAGACAUCAGUGGCACUUCUCAAAUGCAGCCCUUUUUUUGUUUUGUUUCAUCAGCAUUAAAUAGGUUUUGCAGGGCUGGCAGAAGGCAGAGUGGAAGAUGAAGAAUUCCUUCACUCAGUAGUACAGACAGUUCACACUUUUAUGAAUAAUGGGAGGACCUCCUAGCUACCAUCCAGUCCCCUUGUGCACUGUAGGCAGCGUUGCUGUGUGAUCGUUACCUGUCCUGUGGCAACCAGGCAUCCUCUUCCUUGACAUCAUGAUUGUGUUGCAGAGUGCCCUCAGCCAGAAGCAGGCUUUCUGUAGUGGGGAGAGUGGCACCCUCAUGUGAAGCUCUUCUGUUACGAGGACUUCUCACAGAGUUGACUUAAGGUAGCAGUUGUGCUCUGCAGUGUCUGCCUGCUCCAGCCAUCCAUCCAUGAGGGUGAGGCAGGAUUGGCUCACUUGGCCAUCUGCUGUACCCUCUGAAGAACUGUAUUUUGUGGCUCUGCUUCAUCGUAAGCUUCAACAACACUGCCAGAUAUUGAAAAUCUCCCACUCAACUGAGCAGUUAUUGCCACCAGUCACUUGCACCUUGGGAAUCAAUCUCUUAUUUGACGUUAAUUUAUUGUCUGUGUCAUGUCUUUGUGUAUGAUUUUUUUUGUUUAUUACAAGAAAAUAAAAUCCUUGUGAAAUGA